CGUGCACUCAUCAGCUGCACCGCAGCUCACGUUGGUCCAGAACACGCUGUUGGUUAAGGCGGCGGCGGCAGCAGCAGCAGAGCGUGCACCGUCGCGUUGCACGAAGCCGCGCGCGCACGGGCAGAGCGGAGCCGGCUGGCCGGCCGGCCGGCGCCGGCAGGUGGUAAUAUUAUUAUUCUAGUGGGUGGCGAACAGGGUUGUCGCGAGCGUUAUAUGCUUGGCGCCACGGUGGCGGCCCCGCGGCCCUUCCCGCCUCGUUCAUGUCUCCCUCCCCGUCGCGCUCCCUCCUCCACCUUCACCUCCUCUUCGGCCGCCGCCGGAGCCGGCGCGGUAACGGCAGCAGUACCACUAGAAGCGGCGGCAUGGGGUGCGCGCAGGGGAAGCCGCGGGGCUCGCCCGCCCGCAGCGACGGCCGCGGCAUCGACCGCCUCAUGCGCGACUACGCCUACCGCCCAGCGCCCCCCGGGACCUCCCGCCUCUCCGACCCGCUCCCCGCCGCCGAGCGCGCGCCGCCAGCCAAAGAACCCGCCCACGCCCGCCACCCGGCCGGCCUCAGGGACACCGAGAAGACACCGGACGACGUCGCAACGACAGUGACCGCACAGGCGCCGAAUCCGGCUCUGCCGCCGCCGCCGCCGCCGCCGCGUCGAGAGGACGAGCUGGUGGACGGCUGGCCGACGUGGCUGCUCGACAACGUCCCCCGCGAGGCCCUCCACGGCAUCGUGCCCAAGAGCGCCGACGCCUACGACAAGAUCGAGAAGGUGGGUCAGGGGACGUACAGCAACGUGUACAAGGCGCGGGAGCGCGGGACGGGGCGGAUCGUGGCGCUGAAGAAGGUGCGGUUCGACACGUCGGAGUCGGAGAGCGUGCGGUUCAUGGCGCGGGAGAUGAGGAUCCUGCAGGGGCUGGACCACCCCAACGUGAUCAGGCUGGAGGGCAUCGCCACCUCCAGGAUGCACCGCAGCAUCUACCUCGUCUUCGACUUCAUGUACUCCGACCUCGCCAGGCUCGUCGCGCGCCCCGGCCAACGCCUCACCGAGCCGCAGAUCAAGUGCUACAUGCAGCAGCUGCUGUCGGGUCUGCAGCACUGCCACGAGCGCGGCAUCCUGCACCGGGACAUCAAGGGCUCCAACCUGCUCAUCGACCGCGACGGCGUACUCAAGAUCGGCGAUUUCGGCCUCGCCAACUACUACGGGCCCAGCCACCGCCGCCCGCUGACCAGCCGGGUGGUCACUCUCUGGUACCGCGCCCCCGAGCUGCUGCUCGGCUCCACCGACUACGGCGCCGGCAUCGAUCUCUGGAGCGCUGGAUGCCUCCUCGCCGAGAUGUUCUCCGGCAAGCCCCUCAUGCCCGGCAGAACCGAGGUUGAGCAGUUGUUAAAGAUCUUCGGCCUGUGCGGGUCGCCGCCGGACGACUACUGGCGGAAGAUGAAGUUCUCCGCAAGGUUCAAGCCCCCCAAGGCGUACAAGCCCACGAUGGCCGACAGGUUCCGCGACCUGCCGCUGUCGGCGCUCGGCCUGCUCACCACGCUCCUCGCGCUCGACCCGGCCGCCCGCGGCACCGCCGCCCAGGCCCUGCAGAGCAACUUCUUCAGCACCCCGCCGCUGCCGUGCGACCUCUCGUCUCUCCCCGUCGUGUACAAGGAGGAGGUCGCGGAUCCUGCCGCUUCUCACGAUGGAAGGAAGCCGAAGCUGAGACAGCGUUCGCAGAAACGGAAGGACAGCAGGCAGAAAGCCGAGGAGCAGCCGUCAGAUGAACCGAAGAUGAUCAACAGCGGAUCUCCAGACAACGAGGAGAGAGUGACUGACUCAGCAAAAUCAGGCCAAGAAUCAGAUGGCACGGUGAUCACUGCCGGCGCCAAUGCUUCUUCCUCCAGCGUUCAAGAACCAUCAAACAACACCAUUGUCAACGCCUCAUCCAGUACAGUCUCAAAACGGUUUUCAGUUAGCCCGGUUCAGGUGCUACCACCACAAGGAGCCUCGCCUGCUGCGCCUCAAGAUCAGCAGCUGCGAAGGGCAAACAGUCACCACCACUCAGUCAGUGAUGACGAUCACGAUAACCGCCAGCCUCUUCUGACUCCGGACGAUGAUCAGGCCGACGGCGAGCUGCCGGGAAGUGGCGGCGGCGGUGUCAUUGUGAACCACAGCCUGGAGAGCAGACCGGCGGCUUCCAUGUCGGACUUCGACGCGGCCGCCGCGGCGCUACGUGGAACAGGAGAACUCCCUUCCAAGCAGUACGUUCUUGUAGAUCAUGUGUAGGCCGCGGCUGUUAAUUAACGAGUGAAAGAAAGGUAGCGAGAAUUGUUCAUGCUCUGCCUGCCUACUUUUAAUUGUUGAUGUAACCAAAUUAAACUGCUGUUCUUCCGAUUGAGCAUCCUCUGAAUUGUAGAGACUAAUGCUUGCUUCAUAUGUAUCAAUAAUAAUAUCUUCGGAAAAGAAGAAUCAUUAGUUUUA